AUGGAGGAAAACCAAUUGGUCAGCAGUGAAUUUCAGAACUGGCUCAGCAGUACAAUAAACAGCUGCAAGAAAGGAGUCUGAGAAAAGACAUCAGGAAUCAUGUAUCGCAAAUCCUGCGCAUCUUCAGCAGCGUGUCUGAUAGCCUCUGCUGGGUACCAGUCCUUUUGCUCUCCAGGGAAGGUGAACUCUGUUUGUAUCAGCUGCUGCAACACUCCACUCUGCAAUGGACCCCGGCCAAAGAAGAGGGGGAAUUCUGGUGUGGUGCCGAGGGCUCACGUGAUAACCACCGUUCUGCUCCUUACAUUGGCUCUUUUGUUUUUGUAUUGCUAA